CGACAUUUGUACAAAAAAAUAGAACAAUAUAAUUCAGAUAGCCGGAUGUUCAGUCCUGCCGCAGAGGAAUAACAGGUCAGGAACAGUUAAACCAAGUCCAUCCUAAUAGGUUCACUACAUACCAGGACAAAUGGCUACUGCAGAAGGCGAGCAUGGUUCUGAUUUUGAAGAGACGAUGUUCUGUGAACCUUGUAAUAAGGAAGGCAACACUGUUGAAGCUGAUGGGUUCUGUUCCGAUUGCUCUGAUUACUUAUGUUGUACAUGUCUAAAGUAUCACAAAAGAUUAUUAAAAGAUCACACACUGUUUGAUAAAUCAAACAUGCCGCAGGACUUCUGUUUAGAACGAUGUAUAUUCCAUGCAAAUGACCUGGUAAAAUUCUACUGUAUGAAAUGCGACAACACUGCAUGUUCUCAAUGUAUACCAAUUAAACACCAGAGUGAAUACUGUGAAUUUAAGCAUAUCCCUUCAUAUAUGCAGUCACAAGAUGUAUACGGAGAAAUGAACGAAGUUAAGAAAUGGCUGAAAACUGUCAAGGAAGAAACAAGUCGCACUGAAGAUGAGAGUGGUCAAAAAUUGAAACAAGCAACCCUUAACACGAGUGAUAUUUCUAAGUCAGUCAGUCUCCGGAAAAGGUACAUUAAGGACAAAAUUGAAGAGCAGCGUGUUCAUAUUUUUAAAGCACUAGACGAGGAAAGGGUUGAAUUUAUCAGGAAGCUUGACGAGAGACAAGGCCUAAGAAAGGAGCAAUUAUUUGAACAACAGAAACUUAUAAACAGUAAAAUAGAUGAUGAAGUGAAUCAUUUGGAUGAGCAAUUAAUGUUAUACCCGAGAAAAAUACAAAACAUUGCGCUAAACAGUGCAAACAUAAGGUCGAAAUUAGAGUCCCUUACCACUGAAUUAGUAAAUAAAGAGAGACAAGGACGAAAAGCUGAACUUUUCUUGGCAACUAGAAGAGUUAAGCAAAACAUGAAAACGCUCCAAAGAGACAUAGAUGAUGUGCGAGAAGAGAAUGUAGCAAGAUGCUUUAGCUUUAGACCCAGCAAAGAGGACAUCAGUAUAGAUGCACCGGAGAAUGUCUCGCUUGGAUGUCUUAGUGAGAAAAAUCAGCAGAGAG